UCGCAACCUGAUAGUAGGAGAACUUAAAAUGAGUGCAGAAAGAGUGACUGAUCAGUUAACACUAGCGCUCAAGCAGCAGUUGCAGCAGCCGUUCCUCCUAUUAGACUCACAAUGGCAUCCAUGGACUUUUACUACUGGCCAGGCAGUGCUCCUUGCAUGACAGUUCAAAUGGUGGCUCAGGAUAUAGGUGUGAAGCUGAACAUGAAAUUCACCAAUCUUCGAGAAGGUGAACAUCUGAAACCAGAGUUUUUGAAAAUGAAUCCUCAACAUACCGUCCCAACACUAAAUGAUAAUGGUUUCUGUCUUUCAGAGAGCCAUGUUAUUAUUGCAUACUUGGUGGAUCAGUAUGCAAAAGAUGACUCUCUGUAUCCUAAAGAUGCUAAGAAACGGGCUCUAGUGAACCAGCGACUCUUCUUUAAUGUGUCAACACUUUACGGACGUUUUUCUGCAUAUUAUUAUCCUGUAACGUUCUUCGGAGCAAAACAAUUUGAUCCUGUGAAACUAAAGGAAUUGGAGACAGCCUACGAAUUCUUGAAUACAUUUCUUGAGGGACAGCAGUGGGUAGCUGGUACAUCAAUGACGAUUGCUGAUUAUGCAAUUUUGACAUCAGUUAGUAUUGCAGAUGCUGCUGGUUUUAACAUCAAGAAAUAUCCUAAUGUUGAUGCAUGGUUCAAACGAGCAAAGACAGCAGUGAAGACAUAUGAAGAAAAUUAUCAACAACACAUUAUGGUAUUUAAGAAACAAUAUGAUGAUGUCACUGGCAAGAAGUAGCUUGGUGGAAACUGUUCAUCGAAUCACUAACAUAUCAUCUCAAUCAUUCAGCUUUUGCCUCAUAUUUUUCAUUUUAUCCGAAUAUCACUGUUACAUAGCUAACAUUCUUACUGAAAGCAAAUAUAUUGAGAAACAGCUGCAAUUUGUGUUUCAUUUAUGUAAUUAACUGUCUUAUUAAACAAUAAAUUAUUUUGCAAUGUAAAUGCAACUAGAUGUAAAUAAAUGUAUAGUGUAUAUACAUCUUACUGAGAUACAGUAGUUAAAAUGUUACUUACAAUAUGAGCCUGAAAGGAAGCAAAGUGGGUGGAUACAACAGCAACAGAUCAAUUUUGAUGUAUUGGAUGUGUAGGUUAAUUUAUAAAAUGGUGAUGGCAGACAGAGGGGGGAGGAAGAGAACUCUGAAUCAAGAGAGCAACCACAUACAAACAUGGGGAUGGGGUAUUACUUAUGAGGCAGAUUUUAUAAAAAUAUUUUCUUCUCUACUCAUCUCUUUGAAUGAUUCACUUCUACAAAUUCUUCCCACAGUGUAACUAUCCUUUAGUUCAAAAAGUUACCUGUUGUGCCAAAGGUAUACAUUUCCUAUCUAUUUGUUACAAUUGAAGUGCUACAAACAGAAAAAAAGUGAUUGUAAAGCCAUGUAAAGAACAUUUUCAUCAAGAUUUUAUGUGAAAUCUUGUGAACCACCAUUUCAUCUUGGAAUUAGAUACUGUACAGACUGCAAAGGAAGGAGAAGUGUUUGGAUGUUGGGUGCCUUUGCACUGACAGGAGUAU